AUGAGUGCAGAGGAUGUCCAGAAUAAAAUUAAAUUAAUUGAAGAAGCAAUAGCUGAAGACAAGAAUAAAAAGGUCAAGGAACAAAGCUCCCAACAAAUGUCAAUGGAAAACUUGAAGAACUUCUUCAAGAGAAAAUAUCCCAAUGAAUCAGAAGACGAAAUUAUGGUCAGAAUUUUGGAUCAUAUGAAGAACCAAUUCUUCUCUACUUUUCCAUCAAAAGUAUCAAAAGAUGAGGAUUCAUCUAUGAAGACAAGCUCUUCCAUGGGAUCAAUGGAUUCCCAUGAUUUUGAAGGUGUAGCAGGAGAAGGUCAAGCAGAUGAAGCUAUUGCAGAAGAUUUCUGGGAUGCGAUGAUUCAAUCUUUGAAAGAAAAAAGAAAAGCAAAGAAUUAA